CGGUGCGUGGAGGAAGGUACACAUCGACUCUCCCGCCGGCCUGACAGUGCUCGCCGAGGCUUGAACGAUUAUGAUUUAUUUCCUUCUUUGCGGAACGACUGCAAACUGAUUAGGAGAACUGAGUGGAAUGACGUUUAGAACCUUCCAUUGGGCUGAAAAAAGUGCUGAAAGAGAAAGAGAAAGCUUGAUGAACUCCAGUGAAGUGUCUCUUUUUUCCCCUCCUCGACAACCUUCAAAAAAGAUCGAUUCAGAACUCACUUAAGAAACACAUAAUUCAGAUAAUUGCGUAGGAACGUAACAAGCACAAGAAAGUGAGAGUGAGCGGGAGCAAGCAUGAGAAACGGAUCGAGCCGCCAAUCCGUCGGGGCCUUCCCUCCCCCCUCCUCCCUCCCCUCCGUCGACACCAUGGAAUCUCGCCGAAGCUUCUGUAUCAAACAUCAACGUUAUGAUGGGUGUAAGGAACCACGUGAGGCGGGGACCUCCGAGCAGCUCUCCUGCUGCUGCUGCUGCCUCGCCCCCACCUGCGUCUCCGAGAGUCCCAGACUCCGAUCCAUCAUGGGUUGCUUCCUUGAAAAGUUCGACAACUUCCUCAACCGAAGCUUCCACCGGUUGGGCCAGAUCAUCGCCAACCACUUCGGAUACUUCAUUAUCGUCCCGGUCUUCAUCACCGCCAUCUUAGCCACAGGUUUCCAGAACAUCGUGUACGAAGAUGACCCAGAAUACCUGUUCGCCCCGACGACGGGCGGCGCCAAGGACGAGCGGGCGAUCAUCGAGGAGAACUUCUUCCUCAACUUCAGCUCCGACUUCCACCCGUCGCGUGUGACGAGGACCGGGAGGUUCGCUCGCUUCAUCAUCAUGGCGAAGGACGAGGGCACUCUGCUGAGGACCGACGUGUGGAAUGACAUCUUAGAGGUCGACCGACUCGCCCACACCGUCGGGGUCGAGUACGACGACAAGUUCGUGCGCUACGAGGACCUCUGCGGCAUCUGGGACAGCAAGUGCUACGAAAACAACAUCCUGGACUUGAAGGACCUCAUGCCAGAGAUCGAGGUUGGCGAGUACAACCUCACGUACCCGCUCAUGCUGAAUCCCAACACGUUUGAGAUGUACGUGUUCCCGCUGUUCUUCGGCGGCCUCGAGAUCUCCAACUCCAGCACCAUCGAGAGCGUCAAGGCCCUGUCCAUCUCCUACUGGCUCAGGACAAACACGCGCAAGGAAGAUGAAAGCGCCGCCUUGUGGGAACAGUCCCUGCUGAAGGCCUUGGACGCCAAGGACUUCGGGACGAUCAAGGUGGCUCGCUUCGUAUCUCGAACGCUGGAGACGGAGCUCGAGAACAACACCAACUCCGUGAUCCCGUUCUUCGGCGUGACCAUCGCCAUCAUGCUGUUCUUCAGCGUCAGCACCGUCAUGAUGGCCGACUGGGUGCGCACUAAGCCCUGGCUCGGCCUCAUGGGCGUCGUGUCGGCGGUGCUCGCCUGCGUCGCCGCCUUCGGCUUCCUCAUCUACCUGCGCGUCGAGUUCAUCGGAAUCAACAUGGCGGCGCCCUUCCUCAUGCUAGGUAUCGGCAUAGAUGACACGUUCGUGAUGUUGGCGGCCUGGAGGAGGACCCGCCUGCAGGACUCCGUUUCGGACCGGAUGGCGAAGACCUUUGCCGACGCCGCCGUCAGCAUCACCAUCACCUCCCUGACCGACAUGAUCUCCUUCUUCAUCGGCGCCAUCACGCCCUUCCCUUGCGUCCAGGUCUUCUGUCUCUACACGGAGAACGAGAGCUGCGGCUACCGGCUCUUCUGCACGGGCGGCAUCACCGAGGCCGACCCUUGGAACCCGAAGGACAACUGCGAGCACGCCCUCAUGUUGUUCUUCAGGGACUACGUCGCCAGGUUCCUCAACAUCCCGGCCAUCAAAGCGCUGGUGGUGAUGGUGUUCCUGAUGUACCUGCUGGUGGCUUGCUGGGGCUGCACGAUGGUCAAGGAAGGGCUGGAGCGACGCCGUCUGUCGCGCUACGAUUCUUACUCGGUAGCAUUCUACGACCUGGAGGACAUGUACUUCAGAGAAUACCCUUAUCGAAUUCAGGUUGUGAUCACUGGCGACGUGAACUACAGCGACCCAGUCGUCCAGGAUCAGCUGAUGGAUCUGCACCAACAGUUUGAGAACCUAACGUACGUGGCAGAAGCUCUGUACACCGAGUCCUGGCUGAGGGCCUGGCUCGGCUUCCUCGACAGAAAUCAAGAAUUCCUGGAACUGAAUGUCACGACAGAAGAGGACUUCAUUGCCAAUCUUCGAGAGAUAUACUUAUCGGGUCCAGCCAACGUCUUCGCGCAAGAUGUGGCCUUCAACGAAAACUACACUCGGAUCAAGGCUUCCAGGUUCAUCAUCCAGACACACAAGAUUUUAGACGCUAAUGACGAUAAGGACAUGAUGGAGAAGCUGCGGCAGGUGGCUCGAGAUUCUCCGUUCAACGUUACCGUAUUCAAUCCCUUCUUCAUCUAUUUCGAUCAAUACGUGUUGGUGAGGACUACGAGUAUCCAAGCAAUCUGCCUUGCUGCGGCCGUUAUGAUGGUUGUCUCGCUCAUUUUCAUCCCGAAUCCCCUCUGCUCGCUGUGGGUCGCCUUCUCCAUCGUCUCCAUCGAGGUGGGCGUGGUGGGUUACAUGACGCUGUGGGGCGUGAACCUCGACUCCAUUUCCAUGAUCAACCUCAUCAUGUGCAUCGGUUUUAGCGUGGACUUCUCGGCCCAUAUUUCCUACGCUUAUCUGGCUGCCAAGGUCGACACGCCCGAGGAGAGGGUGCAGGAGUGCCUCUAUGCCCUCGGCCUUCCCAUCCUGCAGGGCGGCUUGUCAACUAUCCUGGGCAUCACCACGCUCAUCCUCGCUCCGUCAUACAUCUUCAUCACCUUCUUUAAGACGGUGUUCCUGGUCAUCUUCUUCGGCGCCAUGCACGGCAUCUUCCUCUUGCCCGUGCUGCUCUCCCUGCUCGGCCCCGGCUCAUGCUCCAAGCGCAAAAAUAAGGAGAUCACUCCUCCCAUCAAGGGCAACGGCCAUCCCUUCUUCAUGCACGGCCAAGCCCUUCCACCGCCCGGGCCGCACGACGCCAGCAGCCUGAAGAUCCCUCGGCCACACAGCAUGGCAGCCUCUCAGUCUGGGAUUCCUGUGGCCCCGGUAGGCCUUGGUCGCUCUGGCGCCUUCCUUGCUCCCGCCACGCUUGCUUCCAACAAGGAUGAUGGCAACAGCCUGGAAAAGGAUCUGGGACUAGGGACUUCCGGCGAGGAGUCGAGCGAGUCGAGCCUUAGCAAGGGCGCCGCCAACCGCCGCGGGGGUCCGGAUAUCAUACCUGGAAGCGGAGGACGCCGCGGCCUUCCCAUUCUAGAGGUAUACAGCAAUAACGGAUAUAUCAGCGAUGACCUGGAAGCCGAGGAGCGCCGCUCGGAAGAACGCCGUCUCGAUCACUAUGGCGAAUGGGAAGACCCGCGUCGCAGCUACCAGAACCACAGGCCAUCACCCGAGCGCUCGUCCUCCGUCCAUCGAAACGAUUCAUCCGCACGCCCCGGGCAGCGCCAGGGACGCCUGCAUUCCUCCGACACCAGGGAGCGAACCGAACUCAGGAGAGGUUCCUCGGCAACAAGGUCACACGGAGCGCGUUCCUCUGCAGAUCCCCGCGGAAGGCACCGCGACCACCAUUAACGACGUCACGCCCAAGUGACCACGUGCCAUGGCCAAGUGUACAGUGUACAUAGUGUAGUAUGAAUGGACAGGCCCAGCGCAGCUAGUCACUGGGCGAACACCCCCAAUCCCAUCUCUUAGUUCUCCCCAAGGGUUGUGUUUGUCACCCCGCGGAUUUGUGCCAUUCCGCCCACAUUUCGACCCUGCUGUGUUCUCAUUCAUCAACAUCAGAUAUGUAUGUUUGUCCUUGUCAAGGGGUGAAGCCCUUAUAUGAAAAUAAUUUCGUGUGUGUCUUGACAAACUGCACCGUUUAGUGGGGUCGGUGGAAAUAAAUCAUCUGUAUUUAUUUAUACGAACUGUAUUUUGUGUUGCAAAGGUACAUACAUUGUGGACAAGUGGACAACGACUCUGAACUAACGUUGCAAGGGAUAGGGCAGACCACAGACACGCACAACCUGCCGCGAUGACAAUGCAGUGGCGUUUACCGGUAUGUCUCGAAGCUGUCGUCGGUCCACGAUGUAGCGCAUAGUGAUUGGUUAAUGACAAAUGCCAAAAGUUGCCAGAGCAGGUGUACUUAAUCUGAGGAAAUGAGUGAACUGUGAUUCUCAAGAAUAGUUUUUUUGUGUGUAUGUAACUGCUGAACAAGUUAAAUUAACAUUUUGUACAAAUUUUCAUCAGAUAUCUUCCUGUUUUUAGAAGUGUCAGGUUCACAGUGUUUCCCAGAUUGCCAGUAUCAGUGGCAUGCUGGAGCUCAGUCUGGCUCAAUAGUAAUGUAAUCGUUUUCAGUAUCAUUUUAAUGUAAACUGUAUCAGUUACCACUUUGUCGACAAGUUUUUGAGUGAAAAUACAUUCCCAAACUUGAUGAACUCCAGACGUCAUAUGAUUGAAGUGUAGACUUUUACUAUUAUUCCAUUAUUUCAUUAACUUCAAUACUGAUAUUGUGUGAUAUAGGAAUGAAUCGUUAUUUUAUAAUACUUUUAUAAUGAAAAUUUGUUUUUAGAAAUAAGGUUUGAUAAGGUAGAUGCUCGCAGGAUGUUCGUCCUGAGAAGUAAAUGUAUAUAGCGUAUAAAUUUUAUUCCAGUUUUCGUCCAAAUUUAACAAAUUCUGUUUUAGGUAAAUCUCGCUCUCGCAUUAGAUUCACUUGGUUGGUUUUAUCAGGAAAGUGGUUUGUUUUCCUGCAUCAGAAUGCCUUCCCAAGAGGUUCUAUCAGUCGGGUCCAAACACUUGCAGAGGAGUUGGAUCUUUCGACUCGUCCAGUAUAUAAGGCAUCAAUUUAACCAAGUUGGAUUCCUUAUAUCACGUGGUACUUGAUGCAUGGAAACGAGCCCUUCGCAUGUAGUUGUUACAGGGAGAAUAGGGUCUUCUUAACAACCAGCUAAGAGACCAGAGAGCUGCUCGUGGCAGAAAGAUGCUUCCCUGGCGGUUAUCUUUAAAGUAACUGUCGAAAUCCUGGUGGCCGACUUGAUGAUAUGCAUAGCCUGUCUAAAAAUGAGCAGCAUUGUCGAAUGUGGUAGUUUUUGUAAUGAUGAUUUAUAUAAUGUAUAUAUAAAUGUUCACACAUUAACUGCACUGUCCAUAUGCGCUGUAAAUAGCAUUGACAGACGACCAUGUUCAUGUUUUUCUUAACCCUGUAGUGUUUCUGCUCAUAGCAAAGCAGAGACUUGAGAUUUCGAGAAAACGCCUUGACACGUGUAUAACAAAAAAUUGAUACUUGUAAAUGCCUCGACCAGUUAAUAUAUGUAUUUAUAGGCGAAAUCAUAGACAAUGAAAAGACGUGAAAGAAGAUAUUUGUUGAUUGCCGUAAGCAUACGAUGGAGUACUACAGAAGCGUCACCAGAUUCAGUAUUAUUAAGCCCCUCUACAUUUUACAUGUGCAAUGAUAAAAAAUGUCACUAAUAAACCCAGGUUUCUUAAU